GGUAGCGGCUCCCUCAGAGCGCUGAGGUCCCGGGGCAGAGCGUCCUGUGUAGACUUCGCAGCGUCUCUGAACAAAGCGUCCAACCGCUUUUUUUUCUUUUUUGCCUGGGGUGGAUUUUUAUUCCUCUACCCUGCAGCCGUUGCUUGAUCAAGCCCCGCGCCCUCCUCCUGCCUCAGCCAUGGUGAUGUUCAAGAAAGUGAAGAACUUCAUGGUGGCCUUCAGCGAGCCCGACAAAGUCUACUGCAGCGGGGACAAGGUGGCUGGGCGUGUGCUGGUGGAGGUGGCCGAGGUGACCCGUGUCAGCGCCGUCAAGGUACUGGCCUGUGGCGUGGCCAGGGUGACCUGGGCCAAGGGCCCGGCCCAGUGCCGGCAGGAGAUGGAGUACCUGCGCUUCGAGGACGUGCUGGCGCUGGAGGAGCAGCCCACGGAUGAGGACGGGUCAGUCAUCCUGAGACCCGGCAACAAAUACGAGUACAAAUUCGGCUUCGAGCUGCCCCAGGGGCCGCUGGGCACCACGUUCAAGGGGAAGUAUGGCUCUGUGGAUUACUGGGUGAAGGCUUCUCUGGAGCGUCCAGCCUGCCCCACGCAGCAGGUGAAGAAACGCUUCGAGGUGAUGGAUCCUGUGGAUGUGAACACCCCAGAGCUGCUGUCUCCAGUGGCAGCCAAGAAGGAGAAGAAAGUGUCGUGCAUGUUCAUCCCCGACGGCCGCGUGUCUGUGAGCGCGCAGAUCGACAGGAAAGGCUUCUGUGAAGGCGAUGAGAUCUGCAUCAACGCCGACUUUGAGAACACCUGCUCGCGCAUCGUGGUGCCCAAGGCAGCCAUCGUGGCCAAGCACACCUACCUGGCCAACGGGCAGACCAAGGUCUUCUGCCAGAAGCUCUCCUGCGUUCGUGGCAACCACAUCAUCUCCGGCACCUCGGAGUCCUGGCGUGGCAAAACCAUCCGUGUGAAGAAGCUCAAGCCCUCCAUCCUGGGCUGCAACAUCCUGAGAGUGGAGUAUUUCCUGCAGAUUUAUGUCAGCGUGCCAGGCUCCAAGAAAAUCAUCCUGGAGCUGCCCCUGGUCAUUGGGAGCCGCUCUGGCAUCGGCAGCCGCAGCUCCAGCAUGGCCAGUCAGACCAGUUCCGAGAUGAGCUGGGUGGACCUGAACCUCCCCGAUGCUCCAGAGGCCCCCCCGUGCUACCUGGACAUCGUUCCCGAGGAUCACCGCCUGGAGAGCCCCACCACGCCCCUGCUGGACGAUCCCGACGGCUUCGACAGCCCCAUCUUCAUGUACGCGCCCGAAUUCAAGUUCAUGCCGCCGCCCACCUACACGGAGGUGAGCCCGGCGCCGGCACGGGAGGGGCCAGGCGGAUCCGGGGGCUCCUGCCUGCACCCCUCACCCUCCUCCUGCUCCGUGGGCCAGGUGGAUCCGUGUGGUAACAACAACAACAACAACAACAACAACGUGCAGUGAGAGCCACAGCUCGCCUGGACUCCAAACCUGCAGCACAUCUGGGAGAACACCUGGAGGGGGCUCCCGAGGAGCUGCUGCAUCCCCGGGAGCUGCUGCAUCCCCAGGAAUUGCUGCAUCCCCAGGAGCUGCUGCAUCCCCAGGAAUUGCUGCAUCCCCGGGAGCUGCUGCAUCCCCGGGAGCUGCUGCAUCCCCAGGAAUUGCUGCAUUCCCCAUCUCGAGGGGAUAAAAAAACCCCCUCAAGGACUGUUGGGGAGACAAGGCAGAUCCAGCUGGAAAUCCUCAUGGCUGUUGGGACGCAGGCUGCCCGUCCUUGCCCUGUGGUGGCGUGUUGUGACAGGGAAUGGUGGUUUUAAUUAAUUCCAUCUUAAUUUCGUGACUCUGGGUGCUGCUCUGGCUGCCCCGUGCUCCCGCCCAGGGAGGGGGACGCUCGGUGACUCCGUCCUGUCGUGACACAGAGCUGGUGUCACGACCUUUUGUACUCUGGUUUUGUAAAUAGCGUUUCAGGGGUGGGGGGGAAAGCACAAAAAUGCAAAUUUUGUACCUUUUCGUGGCCCCUGGGGGGCGAAAUUUGUAAUAAACUUGUAAUAAAUAAAUGAAACGGU